AUGCUUAAAUCAUUCAUGAAGAACGAGGCCACAUUCUACGCCACACUCAUCCUGGCCGUCUCUUGCGCCAUUGGCCUCCUUCUGAGGCUCCACGUCGCUCAACUCAACCUCUUUGACUGCAUCCAGACCAUCUACUCCAACACAGACGUCUUCCUGCUCUACAACGUCCUUCUGACGCUGCUUCUGACAACUUGUUCCGCCAUUCUGAGCCACACGCUCUUCCUGCCUCUUGCUGAGUCAGAGCAAGGCACCUUCAACGACAUGGCCCUUGAAUACCUCAGCAACUGCUUCAUGACUGCUGUCUCAUUCCCCUAUGUCCUCCAUAUUAGCUCUUUGCUUCCAUUUGUAUUCAUGUACAAUGUGACUGGUCUAACAUGGGUGUUUAAGCUUAAUUUGCAUAACAGAAGCUUCUCACGGAAUUUGGUCUGCUUUGUGGUGAUUGGCUCUCUGAUUCUCUACAAGUUGCAACAGUACGUCAACAAGUUCGCAAUGGCCUUCAUGUCAUUCAACGGCCUGCUUGCCUUCGAAUACUUCAUCAGCCUCUUCUACCUCUUCAAACACAUGGCUCUAUUCAUUUUCAGUGAGAUGAAUCCAUAUACGAUAUUUGGAAUCCAUUUCCUCCAUCUCAGUGCCAAGAUCAUCCUCACUGCCUACUACGCCAACAACCUGAUCAGAUUCAGGAUGCCAAUCAGCUACAUCAAACUUAUUGUGAUUGAUUUACAGGAAUUGAGGAGAAGAUGCGUGAUAUUCUACAGGUACGUGGCACUCUGUAGCCGCCUUGAGAGCAUUCCUGAUACGGUUGUGAACACAACGUGUGUGAUUUGCACUGAUGACAUGGAACGUGGGAAGAUGCUUGGCUGUGAUCACGUCUUCCACACUGAUUGUCUCAAAAUGUGGUGUGAACGAGAGUCCACGUGUCCAAUUUGCAGGAAGCCCCUUAGCACCGAAAAGACUGUUGAAAUAGAACAGGGAAACACGAUCAUCAGGGCUGUACCACUCUAG